AUGGCUUCGAUACCACGGCGGUUGCUCUUGCAAUCACGACAAGGCCCUUUGCGGAUACGGGCACCUCAACGCAUAUCGCAAUGGCAGCGGCCUCUAUCAAUCACGGCACCACGAUGUGCAGAUGAAGAUGCAAAGACGGGCGCAGCAACUCCCACUGCCAAUACUUCCCCUACGAAUGCAUCUACAGGAGCAGAAAAGCCAUCAGCAGCCCAGAAAAAGGCACCAUUGACUGAAGCCGAGCGCGAAGCCGCCAUGCUCGACACGCUCCACGCCAACCUCGCUGAACUCGACCCCACGGUUGUCGCCGACGCCAUCCGUAAAGGCAAACAAGGCGUUCCUUUCGGCACUGGCUUCGAGCUCGAAACUGACGAGGACUUUGACAUUGAAGAGGAAGACAAGCGCAAAGUGAAGACGGGAUUCUGGGCCGAAGGCGAUGAGACAAUGGGCGUAGACGAAGACUAUUUCGGCGACGAUCUGACGAGCCACGGACACGGCGAAUUGCAGAAACAACGGGAUAUCAGGGAAUACGCGAGGUUGAUUGCAUGGGAGCUGCCACUGUUGAGUCGUACGUCUUAUCAUCCUCGCCUCCCGUCCCACAUCUCGCAAUCUACCAAAUGA